CUUCAGUCUAACAAAACCCGUUCUUUGGGUAAAACGCGCUUACAGAGCUCGCUCUGCUCAUAACACGUAUGAGUCACCGAAAGUAAUUAUACAGUUAAAAGUUUUUCUUAUAGAGAAAAAUAAUGAAUCUCUUGACAUUUGCUUUGUUUAUCACAAUAUUUUUAAUAUUUUGUGCUGUGAAUUUGCAUUCAUGCAAUGAAAUUGUAUAUCCGAAAGAAACUAGUGUUGAAGAAUCUCUUUUCACGUUGACGACAAAUUUACAAGAGACAAAGACUUCGAAUGAUUUGACAGAAAAUCUGGUUUUCUCACCACUGGGAUUCAGUUUUCUUCUCGGACAAAUUGCUGCUGGAGCAAAUCCUACCUUGAGGGAUGGAAUUGGUAAACUGCUAGGAUGGAAAAUUGAAGAUUUACCAAAUAUUCAUGAACGCCAUGAAAAUCUUCUAAAAAGUUACACCACAAUCAAAGAAAAGGAUGAAGAUACCCUGAAAAUUCGCAUAAACUCAGCACUCUUUCACCGAGAUUAUCUGAAGAUUAACAAAGAAUACCAAAUCUUAGUACAGAAGCACUACGAUUCGCAACUAAUGGUACUUGCAGAAAACGCAUCAGAGUCAAAAAAUCAACAGACUAUUAAUAACUGGGUGAAAAAUGUAACAGAAGGACACAUCAAGGAUCUGCCUCUUACAGCAAACACAAUAUCCUUGUUUGCUAAUGCAUUGUAUUUUAAUGCAGAAUGGCUGGAACCAUUCUCAGAUCAACUAACACGUGCUGGGAAAUUCUUCACGACUCCCGAUCAAAAUGUCAACGUGAGCUAUCUGAUGGGACAACAAGAGAUCUUAUAUAUGGAAAAUCACGAGUUAAAUUUCAAGAUGAUUCGUUUGCCAUACAAUUCAACUUUGCACAAUAUUUCCAUGUACAUUAUAUCGCCGCAAAAUCAUAAUCUCAGAAAUAUCACUGGUCAAAUGACUCUCUCGAAAUUCCUAACUUACAAAGCUAAUAUGACAAUGAAAACGGUCAAUAUAAAAAUGCCCAAGUUGGCAAUUAAAUCCAAAAUACAUCUAAGGAGUACUCUUGAAAAAUACACGGAGAAUUCCACGAAUGGGACUGUUAGUAAAGAAAACAAAUUUUUGUUGAGUAAAGUCUCAGAUGAUUCAAGAAGUAUCCUUAGUGAUGUCGUCCAGGAGUCUACAUUUAAUGUUCACGAGAAAGGCACAACAUUUGCAUCCCUCACAGCAGGAUAUAUAAAUUACGAUGGAACUGCACGGAAUUGUCGUGUUGAUCAACCGUAUUUGGCAAUUAUUGUGGACGAAUCGAAGAAUCUUCUACUAUUUUGGGCCAGCAUCUAUCAACCUGCACUCUAAAAAUAAAAUUCAAUAUGUGCCAGGACAUUUCAUACCAAUAGCAUAAAAUAUAUAUUUAUACAUUUAUUGUUAAAAUAUAGGUAAUUUAAUAAAGCUUAUACACAUUUCAAUUUUA